GACUGUUGUAACUAUCGAUUGAAAUAAACGAAUCACAAGCAGCGACUACAUUUUUUCGUUCAAUUGAGCGUGUCGAACGAUUGAUAUAUUAAUCGACAGCCGUAGAAGAAACAUAUAAAUUAAUGAAGGCUGAUGUUAAAGUCUGAAAAUCUAUGGAGCCUGAUUACCGCAGCUUCGGAGAGACAUUUUCAGGAGUAUCUUCGGAUGAUGAUGACAUAUCCGUGGUUGACAGUUCCGAUGAAGAUAAUGAGUUGCUACUAUCUAAUAUGCAUAAAAAUAACAAUGCACCGAAAAUGCGAGCAAAUUUUGUGAAAUUGUUGUAUGACAGAGAGCGGACCGGAUUUUUCUCUGGCAAAUCGCGAUCGAGCCGAAUACAGGAACUUCCAUACGAGAGGGUACCCAAUAGGUUAAAGAUAUAUCUAAAGGAUACAUUAAACAACAUUGGUGAGGGGCAUGUAUUCAUGGGACUUACAGCUUGUGGCCAAUAUAUGAUCAGCUAUCGAGUUGUAUGUAACGACAACACAUCGCUCAAUCAUUAUUCGUUUAAUGUGGGUUACAAAUAUACUCUAUACCUUUGGAUUUUUCAACCUCACAAAAAGUUGCGAUACUGCUUCUCUCGCCGGCUUUUCGAUGAUCAUGUUGUUGACAAUUUAAAAUCUGUUACAGUUACGCAGUGGAAAAAUGCAGAUAAACAAAUUUUAGUGGUGCAUGGAGCAUCAAUAGAUGAGAGUGAAGAAAGCUAUAUAACAUUUGUAAGAGUUCCUAAACUAGGCUGUGUGGAGUGUAAGAAAAUAAACGACGACGGUCCUUAUUCAUUUUUCAAAUCUCACUGUCUCAAUUGCCAUUUGACAGUUCACACUAAAUAUUCUUCCACUGAAACGGACCCACGUUUUGAACCAAAUAUUAAUUUAAUCUGCCCUGAGCGCAUUAUUAUUAUUGCUAAUGGAUUCAUGCAUAUGUUGCGUAUUGAUAUGGAUACGCUGUCCACGUCCAGCACAAGCUGCGUACCACAGCAAAACCAUAACCUUACGUCCACACAGCAGAACUUGAUAAUGCCACGACUAUCACUGUCGUGCGAAGAAGAACGGUGCUCUGUACAAAUCAUUGCCUCUGACACUGGCUCUAAUCACAGCGUUGUAGCGCGUAUAAUUGCUGAUUUUAGUGAUAUUGAAACAGUGGACACUCAGCGCAGUAAUUACAACCAGGAACAGAGCGUCUCUUAUGAUAAAGUGAAUGUCGGAUCCAAAUGCAAGACUAGCAUAUCAAUUACAACCAAAAAUAGACUUGUAAGCAAUGAUUCUACACCAGAGGCCAAAAAAAGGAAUCAACCCAUUGUGACUAAGUCCUAUAGAAACGGAAUAACAACUAUUGAUAUGGAACAUAAAAAAAUUUCCAAUACCAUCCCGGAUAAAUUGGGUACAUACGAAUUCUCCGAAGAUAACGAAAAAUGUGAAAAGAUAUCCCUGUUUCGAAAACGUCGUUUGGCAGAUAAAAAGUAUGAGUUUUCCGAAGACAACUCUGAGAAUAUUAUACCGUUUACUAAAAUUCGUUCAGCUGGACGCUCUACAUUUGGCCCUUCCGUGUGCAGUUCCACGACUCAACGUAAUCUACAUCGAUUUUCUCCCACAACGCAUUUUUUCCACAAUUCUCCUUGUGCUUCACCGUCCUCUUCGCCACAUCCAACUCAAGCUACCCAUACAGCUCCUUUGCAUUUAGGAUUCCGUUCGCCUCCGUCCAGUUCAAAUUUGAUGCGUUCGCCAAGUCGAAAUGCCAAUGGUUCAAAUAUAAACGUUCAAAUAUACACUCAAAAGUCACCACCUCUAUCGCAGGCAACACAGCAGAUGCUAAGCUACAAACCUCUUGGUCCUUUGGGUGCACUAUCGCCAUUGCAAGUUUCCAUGGCAAAAAGAUUCGAAAUUGGCGGAUCAAUAUCACCAAAUGCAAGCUUAUCUAUUUUAUCACCACGUAGAGAUGAACAACGUAUUGUCGAAAUGCCAGUGCAAGGCGGAGUUAUGCCUGAAAAACCUAUAUGUACCAAAAAAUUGCGGCGUCGAUAUGUAGAUGAGGAUGAUGCCACAUCUGUUAUUACAAGUGAAGAAGAUGAUUGCAUUUCCCCUGGCUACCAUACAUCGCUGCCAAUGGAAGUACAUGGCUCAUGUUAUUCGGAAAUGCAAAUGAUUUCGAAUGCGUCGUUUCAACGCUUAAGUUGUAAAAGUGUUGUUAUAACACAGCAUUCGUUUGAUCUUGAGACAUUUACAUAUUAUGUCAUUAGUAUGCUCUGUCAAAAGCAUCAGAAGAUUUACAAUGUAUUCUAUGACUGGGCGUAUGAAAUUAUUAAUGUAUGUCCACUCAGCCAUACAAUAAGCUGUUUACUUAUGGCUCAAUUCUCAGCCAGAGAUCAAAUGCCUACCACUCCUAUAAAUUGUUUAUACUGCACUGGUUGUACGGGAUGUGUAUUUCACAAUCGUCAAUAUGAAUGUCGGAUACUUUUUACAUGGAAUAUGGAUAGCGGUCAGUGGCAGGUACUCGAUUAUGGCGAGCUCAAAGAAAUUAACGAGCUGUUUAGUCCACUUAAGCGACUAGGCAAAUCAAGACUAACAUUUGCACAGGUUGCUAGAAAUAUGGCUCAGGAAAUUGCGUCUAGUCUUAAUCGCUUGCCUGAUUAUACAAGCAAUUUGCGUGUGCUUACGUCUGAUAUAAAAAAAUCAAAAUUAUCUAUUUGUGAUUUUGAUAACAUGGUCGAAUUUUAUUUGAAGCGAAAUAACUUUGAGAUGAUUUAAAAACACAAAUAGCAGCUGUCCAAAUAUUUAUAAUUAAAGUACAGUCAAGGAAGUUUAAUUUGCACAUGCUUUAGACUUACUUUAGGCUUUUCUUUGAUUGCGUUUAGUGAUUCCGACUUUAACUCGUAAAAUUAAAUUUCUCAACCUGUUUCAACCUUACUUGUUAAUUUUAGUAGUAUGAAAACAGCUUAAAGGUGUAAUACAUAAAAUUGAUAUCAAAUAACAUGAAAAUAAAUUCUUCUAUUUUUAUUAAAUUAGUGAAUUUAAAUUACGCUGCAAGCAUUUCCUCGCAAAUUUUCGAGGUUCCACAGGACUUUGAGUGAUUUCAUUUUUAUUUUUUUCGUAAUCCAUUUUAAUUGUAUUUAUUAUAUGUAAGAAUUUAUGUUGUAUGUCGAAUAAAAAAUGAAUCUAUGCAUUUGAGUUUUGGCAUGAAACAAUAAAAGUAACUCAACAAUUCUAUGACAGUGGCACGCCUACCCUGACUGCGAAAUCGAGAUUAAACUAUGUGGCACUAUCGGAC